UUCUUUUUGUGAAUGCAGCAUUUUUCCAUUAUUUUAUUUUGUUUCUGUGUGUCUGGGAGUUUGCAUCAUUCAUGUGUUUGCUGCACAUUUUUACCUGUUGGCUACCUUACUCUCAUCAGAAGGAUCAACACUUUGACUUGUUGAAUACAUAGUAAACUCUGAUGUAUUAUCAUUUAAUACACCCCAUAAGAAUCUACCUAUUCACAUGGGAAACAUGUUAAAGUUCUCCUGAUGUUUCUGUCUCUGAGUUAGAGACAGCCACAGAACAGAGAAUGAAAUGCUAUUGUGCUUGCAUUUUCUGCCAAAUAUGCAAUAAUCCACACUCUCUGCACACAGACAAAAGACAAGUGUCAGUGUUGCCUCUGUGCUGCAUGACAUGAAAGGAAGGAAGCCGCCGUGCAGAUAAGUACUGUAGUCAGGAAGCUCAUGGAAUUUUGUUAUCAAAAGGAAAGCAACCGCUGUUCUUAGCAGCAACAAAGUUUCAGUGAAGGAGAAACUUAAACAAGUCUGACAACUGGGGAAAAAAAAACAAUUAGUGUCUAGUUUUGAAGCAGCUGUUUCAUUGUGAUAUUUCCAUGUCUUUAAUCAAAUGCAUCUAUUCUUUAACAGUAGUGAGGAGUCAAAGAAAAGUUCAUUUCUCAUCCCUGUAAGCAUAUUUCCUCUUGUCCUGCGUUUAUUUUAAAUGUAGCAAGAAGAGAAACAGGGAGGGGUGAAAAAUGAGACUGCUUACAGGCGUGGUUCAUAAUUCUUUCCUUACUCAUUACAGGGUCUUUCUGCCUACAACUUUCUUUUGUUUCAUUAUCGAAGCUACAAAAUAGACCUUGUUCGUGCUUAAAAUAUACACCAGCUGGUUUCGUUUAAGGCAACAAGAAAAUCACUUGAAUAUGACGACGACCAGCACAGAUGUCGAGGAGAACUUGAGGGAAAAAGUGGAGGAUCGGCCACCAGCCACACCACUGCGACAAGAUGUGAUGUGUGAUUCCUGCAUGGACGCCCCCAGCAGAGCGCUUAAAUCCUGUCUGACUUGUCUGGUCUCCUACUGCGAAGCCCACCUCAGACCCCAUCUAGAGAAAGACAAAUUUCAGAACCAUCGCUUAGUGGAUCCCCUCCAUGACAUCGAGCGCCAGACUUGUGAAGUUCAUCAGCUUCCCUUCAAGAGCUUUUGCUUUCUGGAUGAGUGCUCUAUCUGUGGGGACUGCGAGGGUCAGGAGCACGAAGGACACGAGAUAUUGUCUUUGGAGGAGGCUCGAGUACACUUUGAGACUGAACUUCUGCAGAAACACCAGAGGAUCAGUCAACAUGUCUCAGAUGUAGAGAGAAUAAUUGGAAAAUUGCAGAGCAACGGUGAUUUAAUCAAGUCUUCAGCGCAGGAGGUUUGUGUUACUGUUGAACAGCAGUUCAAUAGGCUGCAGAAGACUGUUGAAGAGGCCAGAAAACGGGUAGAGGCGCUUUUGGAAGGAGAGCAAAAGCAAGCUCUGAGACAAGGGGAGAGCAUUCAGGCACAUCUGGAGCAGAAGAGGGUGAAGCUGAUGAAAACUGCAGAUAAGAUGAAGAAACUAUCCAAGAGCAAAUCUGAUGUUGAUUUCCUAAAGGAUUACACAGAGGGGAAGAAGGGACUGAUCGACAUAUGCAUGUCCACUGUGCACAUCAGUCGAAUGCACCAUCUACAUUCAUGGGCUCAAGCAGUGACUGAUGUAACUCAGGAGUUGUGUGACCUGAUUAUGGAGUCCUACAGUGAAAAAAUGAACAUGGUCUCCAAAAGUGCAGGUGCUAAACACGCGAUGCCAGAAUCUCUGCCAUCUACUCUUCCUGAUCCUGAGACCCAGGAAGACUUCUUGACAUACACAACGAGGUUAACCUUUGACCCCGACACUACCCAUUACUUCCUGCGUCUAACGGUGGACAACAGAAAGUUAACCAACACCAGCCCCUGGCGGCACAGCUACCAGGACCACCCCAGCCGCUUUGAAUACUGGCGUCAGGCCAUGACUUCAGAGAGCCUCUACCUGGGGAGACAUUACAUCGAAGCAGAGCUGAGCGGAGUGGGCACACAUGUCGGGGUUGCCUACAGGAGCAUCGAUCCUAAGGGAGAGGAAAGUGGCAGCUGCAUCACCGGGAAUGACUUUUCUUGGUGCGUUGGAAGGAACAACAGAGGUUUCUCUGUCUGGCAUGCUGGGGAGGAGACACCCCUGGAAGCCUCUGAUAUAGCAAGGGUUGGCAUAUAUGUUGACUUUCAUCGAGGUUUGGUGUCUUUCUAUAACACAACAGGGCCUAUGAUGCUGCUCCACACGUACAACACUGACUUUAUAGAGCCCUUAUAUAUAACAGCCUGGUUGUCAAAGAAAGACAAUGUUGUGACUCUGGUUAAUGCAAAAUGAUGUAAGCACAUUUUCUGCUGAGUUAUAGCAGUUUAUUGAUGUUUCAUAAUAGUCAAAAAUGUUGUGCAAAUAGCAGCUAUUUCACAUGCAUGUCAACAAAGGUGAAAUUUACUACCAUCUAGUGGUAGCUGUGCAACAGAAUGCAAACAGAGGACCCAUCUCUACAUCAGGAUUAGUUUUGUA